AUGGCCCGGCGGCGGCGCCGCGCCUGCAUCGCGCUGUUCCUGGUGCUGCUGUUCGCCUUCGGCACCCUCAUGGGCCUGCGCACGCUCAAGGCCCCGGACGGCCUCCCGGCGCUGGGCCCGGGCCUGGAGCUGGCGCCCUUUGAGCGACGCCCGGAGGGGGGCCCCGCGCCCGCCGCCCGGGCCCCGGCCGCCCCCGCCGCGCCCCCGCCGCCGCCGCCGCCCCGCACCGCGGGCCCCGGCAGCCCCCCGGGGCCGGCCCCGGCGGAGGCCGAGCCCGCCCCCGGGCAGAGCCUGCGCGUCUACUCGGACCUGCACGCCUUCUACUACUCCUGGUACGGAAGCCCGCGGCGCGAGGGCCACUACAUCCACUGGGACCACGUCAUGGUGCCACACUGGGACCCCAAGAUAUCGGCCAGCUACCCCCGCGGCCGCCACAGCCCCCCCGACGACUUGGGCUCAAGCUUCUACCCGGAGCUGGGACCUUACAGUUCCCGGGACCCCGAUGUGCUGCGGGAGCACAUGACCCAGCUCAAGGAGGCGGCCAUCGGCGUUCUGGUCCUGUCCUGGUAUCCACCAGGCAUGGCUGAUGAUAAUGGGGAACCCUCAGAUGAUCUGGUGCCCGCCAUUCUGGACACUGCCCAUCAGUACAACAUCCAGGUGGCCUUCCACAUCCAACCCUACAAGGGCCGGGAUGACAUCACUCUGCAUGACAACAUCAAGUAUAUCAUUGACACGUAUGGCUCCCAUGGCGCAUUUUACCGCUAUAAGAACAGCAUGGGCAAGAGCCUUCCACUCUUUUAUAUCUAUGACUCAUACCUAACAUCCCCUGAGGCCUGGGCCCACCUCCUGACACCAAACGGGCCCCACUCAAUCCGCAACACGCCCUAUGAUGGAGUCUUCAUAGCGCUGCUGGUGGAGGAGGGCCACACUCAUGAUAUCCUGGCCGCUGGAUUCGAUGGCAUGUAUACCUACUUUGCCUCCAAUGGUUUCUCCUUCGGCUCCUCCCAUCAGAACUGGAAAGCUGUGAAGAACUUUUGCGAUGCUAACAAUCUAAUGUUCAUUCCCAGUGUGGGACCUGGUUACAUUGACACCAGCAUCCGGCCUUGGAACAACCACAAUACUCGGAACAGGGUCAAUGGCAAAUACUAUGAGACAGCCCUGCAGGCGGCCCUAACAGUGAGGCCUGAGAUUGUCUCCAUCACCUCUUUCAAUGAGUGGCACGAGGGCACCCAGAUUGAGAAGGCCAUUCCUAAAAAGACAACAACUCGGCUCUAUUUGGACUACCUGCCUCAUCAGCCCAGCCUGUACCUGGAGCUGACUCGCCGCUGGGCAGAGCACUUCAUCAAAGAGAAGGAGCAGUGGCUGAUGUGAGGGGCCGGUGUCCCAGUCUCGAUGGAAGAAGUCACCAUGUGGGCCUCAACUGAGGUAGAAGGCAUUUGCUUGUCUCCAAGUCAGCAGCUGAGUGCUUUUGGGCCUGAGCCCAUGUGAACAGAGCCUCUUCUUCAGGCAAGAUGGUGCUGGGGUACUCUGCAGUGACAGAAAACCGGGCGGUGUUCCAGACAGGGAACUAUAGAGGCUGGCAGGUGACUGGACUUGGUCCAGGGCAGCUCCACAUCCUGUCAGGACAUUUUUAGCUUUGAACUUGGCAGGUUGGUGGUGUGAAGUUGUCCACAGCCACUUCUCUAGGAAGGGGGUCAGGGUUCUGGGCUAGCAUGCACCCUGCUCCCUUCUGCCUCUCUCUUCAGGUCUCUUUCCCACAUCAUUUGUCUUCUCUGUGUUUGGAAACUACAGCUGAGACUUUCUGAAAGGGAAAUUCUAGAUUUAAGCCUUCCUAUAGAUUCCUGAACCCAAUUUUCAGGAAACAAUCCUGAAUGUUCACAUAUUCAUGCAACACAUACUAACCAAGCACCUUACCACAUGCCAGGUGCUGCAGGAAAACUUGACCAAGGACUGGUUCCCAUCUUCCAGAAGCUUCCAGGAUCCAGCUUUCUUUAUUUAGUGUGGCCUUGUAGCUAGUGCCUGAGCACAGCUAUAAGUUUUUCUUUUUUGCAAUUUAACCUGUGCUGGGAGUUCAGUUCUUUUCCCUCCAAGAAAAUACCUCUGUGCUCCAAAGCCUACAUUUUCCCAGAUGAACAUUUAGCUCUAGGGAGAGGAUUAAGACACCUCCUCCCUUUAGCUGUCUUGACUGAAUGAACGCACUAGAGCCAUUUUCAGUGCUACUGUGAUUUGUAGUAAUUAAAUAUGAUGUGGUAUUCUCAAGCAAGUAUUCCUUUUGCUCUCUUCCAAAUCACAAUCUGAACCUGUAAGUCUGUGACAAAUUCACAUGUGGGGUGGGUUGGUUACAAUGUUAGCACGCUGAAGAGUGAGUUUACUUAAUUAGUAAUUUAAGCAAGAUUUCCAAAAAGAAUAUUUAAUAAAUCAGUGCUUAAUUACAAAUAAACUAAUAUGCUAACAGCAAGGACCCUCAUUAAAGCAAGCCCAUGGGAUGCCUUCUUGGAAGAUUCUUAGAACUUUCACUUGAAAAUAAGUACAUUGGUAACCACUGUAUGGAGAAGCUUACGGGUUCAAGACUGAAUCCCAAUUCUGUGAACUGGGGUGCAAAGAAGGGGGAGAAAAAGUGCCCUCCUGGCCACAAAGACCCCCAGCUCUAGUUAGGGAACAAACCCCAUCCAGGAUGGGAAGUCCCUGGUUUAGCUGCAGGAAGCCAAGGCAGGCAGGGACAGGUGAAAAAGGCUGAUAUCAAUCUGUUAUAAUUUACAGAAAGGAGUUAAUACUGAGCCUUCAUUUCACACGUACAUAAUGUGAAAGUAUGGCAUGGCCAGCAAUUCUUACACAUUGCUAAAGGUGAUUUAACCUGGUUUAGUUCUUUUGAAGGCUAGUUUGUAUCAAGAGCUAUAAAAACAUUCAUACACCUCAAAACAGGAACCCUACUCAAAGGAAAUAAUUCAAAAGAAAAAUAAACCAUUUAUAAAGAUGUUUAAUAGCAGC